AUGAGUGCCGGUGGAGGUCAAAAACGACGUUCACGUAGUUCUUUUGUAUCAGUUCGUUAUGUACCAACUGAUGAAGAAGAAGAACUUCAUCGUCAAAAAGAAGCACAAAAUUUACGAGUUUCAUUACAUCAAAUAAAAAAUAUUGAAACAAUCCUUAAUCUUGUGGAUAAUUUUAAUCGACAUUUACAUUUAACAUUAAUGGUUGAUCGAUUUCAUUCAAGCUAUCAAGAAUAUUAUUUAGCAUUAUCACAAGCUCUACGAGAUAUUCUUGCUAAAAACUGGAUACGUACACAACAAUUUUAUCAAAUGAUAGGUGGUAAACGAGUUUAUUAUCUUAGUUUAGAGUUUUAUAUUGGACGAUAUAUGAAAAAUACAUUGAUUAAUCUUGAUAUUAAUGAACAAAUGAUACAAGCAGCUGAAGCUCUUAAUAUAAAAUUAAAUGAUAUUGAAGAACUUGAAGAUGAUGCAGCUUUAGGUAAUGGUGGUCUUGGUCGUUUAGCUGCUUGUUUUCUUGAUUCAAUGGCUACAUUGGGUAUUUCAUCAUAUGGAUAUGGUUUGAGAUAUCAAUUUGGAAUAUUUAAACAACAGAUUGUCGAUGGUUGGCAAGUUGAAGUACCAGAUGAUUGGCUUCGACAUUCAAUGCCUUGGGAAAUUCGACGAAAUCAAAAUGAAAUUCCUAUACAUUUUUAUGGCAAAGUUAUUAGGAAUGAAUCAACUAAAAGUUAUGAAUGGACUGAUUAUGAAACAGUAAUUGCUCAAGCUUAUGAUUAUCCAGUACCUGGUUAUAAGAAUAAUAUUGUCAAUACAAUGCGUUUAUUUUCAGCUAAAGCUGAUUGUGAUUUUAAUUUUAAAUCAUUUAAUGAAGGUGAAUAUAUAUCUGCAGUUAUGGAACGUAAUAAAGCUGAACGUAUUACAUGUGUACUUUAUCCAAAUGAUAAUAUUGCUGAGGGACGUGAAUUACGUUUAAAACAAGAAUAUUUCUUAAUUGCAGCUAGUUUACAUGAUAUUUUACGGCGAUUUAAAGGUGAAAAACGUUGGCAAACAACAUCUAAUUUACAAGUACCAGGAAAACAAUCACAUACAUCUAUUGAUUUCAAAUGUAUGCCUGAAAUGGUAGCUAUUCAAUUAAAUGAUACACAUCCAUCAUUAGCUAUACCUGAAUUAAUGCGUCUUCUUCUUGAUAAUGAACAUUUAUCAUGGGAUGAUGCAUGGUCUAUAACAGUUAACUGUUUUGCAUAUACAAAUCAUACAUUAAUGCCAGAAGCAAUUGAACGAUGGCCAGUUCAAAUGAUUGAAAAACUUCUUCCACGUCAUUUACAAAUAAUCUAUGAAAUCAAUGCACGACAUUUACAAAACAUACGAAAUCAUUUUCCAUCUGAUAAUGAUCGUAUUCGACGUAUGUCAAUUAUUGAAGAAGGAUCUAUUCAAUUAGUUAAUAUGGCUUAUUUAUCUAUAAUUGGUUCUCAUACUAUUAAUGGUGUUGCACAAAUACAUUCAAAACUUUUACGUGAAUUUAUGUUUAAAGAUUUUUAUGAAUUAACACCGUUAAAAUUUCAAAAUAAAACAAAUGGUAUUACUUUUCGUCGAUGGCUUGCACUUUGUAAUCCUGAUCUAUUUUCAUUAAUUAUGGAAUGUAUUGGUGAAGAUUUUAUUCGAAAUGAUUAUCAAUCACUUCAAAUUUUUCGUCAAUAUGCUUUAAAUAAAAAUAUUCUUCUACGUAUUCAACAAAUUAAAAUGAAAAAUAAAUUACGAUUAGCUCAUAUGCUUGAAGAUGAAUAUAAUAUUGAAAUUAAUAUUCAAUCAAUAUUUGAUGUACAAAUAAAACGUAUUCAUGAAUAUAAACGAGCACUCCUUUGUUUACUUCAUGUUAUUACACUCUACAAUCGAUUGAAGAAAAAUAGUAAAGUUGUACCACGAACUAUUAUCAUUGGUGGCAAAGCUGCACCUGGUUAUGCAAUUGCUAAAAAAAUUAUUAAAUUAAUUAAUGAUGUUGCAGAUGUCAUCAAUAAUGAUACACAUAUUGGCAAUCAAUUAAAAUUAUUAUUUGUUAAAAAUUAUCGUGUAACAGCAGCAGAAUAUAUUAUUCCGGCUGCUGAUCUUUCCGAACAAAUUUCUCUAGCUGGCACAGAAGCAAGUGGUACAGGCAAUAUGAAAUUUAUGCUUAAUGGUGCACUAACAAUAGGAACAUUAGAUGGAGCUAAUAUUGAAAUGCUUGAAGAAUGUGGAGCUGAAAAUAUGUAUACAUUUGGAUUUACUGUUGAACAAGUUCAACAACGACGACAACAAGGUUAUGAUCCAUAUGAAAGUUUAAAGAAUGAAGAAUUACGUCUUGCUAUUGAUCAAAUACGUGAUGGAUAUUUUUCACCAGAUGAUCGAUCACGAUUUCAUGAUAUUAUUGAUACAUUAUUACGUGAUGGUGAUCAUUGGAUGGUACUGGGUGAUUAUCAAGCCUAUAUUAAUAAACAAGAUGAAGUAUCAAGAGAUUUUCUUAAUUCACAAUUAUGGCACUCAAAAUGUAUUCAUAAUAUUGGAGCAGCAGCAAAAUUUUCAUCAGAUCGAACUAUUGAAGAAUAUGCAAAAGAUAUUUGGCAUUGUAAAUUACAUAAAAAUGGUCUUCCUAAUAAUAUCAAAGAAGAAUUUUCAUCAACUAAUCAUGAACAAAUUUCACGUCAUAACAGUACUGAUUCGUUUACUAUUCGUGAUGCAUACGAAGAACAUUUAUAA